CAGGAAUGUAAAACACGUACCCACAAAGAUGCUGUUAUACUGGAUCAAUUUUUAAUUGAAUUGUUAGAAGCAAAUUCUGAAGAAACACAAGCAUCGUCCGAUGUCGAUGCAAAGACAAUAAAAUGCAGUAGUUGCACCGAUGAUGCACCGGCUACAUCAUGGUGUGUCGAAUGUGCUGAGUACAUUUGCGAUAGUUGUGUUCAGGCGCAUCAACGCUUGAAAAUAACAAAGGAUCACACAAUUAAAACGAAAGAGGAAGCAUUAAUCGAUAAUCAAACGACGACGAAUGAUGAAAAAAUGCUCAUGUGUCACGUUCAUCCACAGGAAAAAUUGUCACUUUUCUGUGAAACUUGUGACAGAUUAACGUGUCGCGAUUGCCAAUUAGUCGACCACAGAGAUCACAAAUAUAAAUUCGCCAACGAAAUUGCAACAGAUACACGUACCGCGCUAGAUGUCUUAUUAAAUGAAAUCACAUAUAAGCGUGUUCUGUUGAACAGCGCAAUGACGGUAAUUGAUGAGCGUCAAAAAUUAAUAGCUGAUAAGAAAAAGGAAUUGGUCACCGAAAUCACAAAUAUGGUUGUUCGCAUAACGAAUACGGUGAAUAUGCGAGGAAAGCAACUUGUAACGCGUUUGAGUGAAGUAUGUGAUGGCAAAUUGAAAGUAUUAAAUGAAAAAAAAGAAGCAUUGCAAUCAUUAUCGAAUCAUACGGAUCAUUGUAUUGGUUUUGUAAAAUUUGCAUUGGACAAAGGGAGUGACAGUGCGGUUUUAUUCAGCAAAAAAACAUUAACUUCACACUUACAAAAAGUGAAAAGUCAACGGGCCGACAUUCCAAAUCCCGAAAUUCCCGUUCGAAUUCAAGUUCAAAUGAACCAAGUGCAAGAAUUGCAACAAGUGAUACAAAAGCUGGGCACAAUCAUUGUCGAUGGAAAACAGUAUCCAUCGGUUGUGUCACCAGUUCCGAAUGCUGCGCGUCAACCAUUACAGCCACCAUCACACAACCAGUUGGCACAACCACCAUCACCAUCAAAUGUUAAUCCAAUUCAAGCACCACUGAAUUCAGCACUAAUUGGUGGUGCACAAACGCAAAUGCAACAACCAAUGCCUGCACAUCGCUCUAAUAUGCCGCCACCUUCUCGUUCACCUCAAAUUUCGGGUAUAAAUAUGCGUAAUAAUUUAUACAGCGCAAAUACUCCGCCCAUGCAACAACAACAGCAACAACAACAACAACAACAACAGCAGCAGCAGCAGCAACAACAACCGAACUUUCCGCAACAACAACAGCAACAGCAGCCACCACUACCGUCCCAACAACAGCAACAAGCUUGCAAUAUGUCACGGUCAUUCCCAGGCCAGGAUGUUCCUGGUUAUGGACGUUUUCCAAAUAUGGGACCAAGGCCGGCACAAUUUCGUCAAAUGACACCUCAUGUGAGCUCAUCAACGCAUCCCCAAAAUAUGGAACUAAGCUUACGCGGUCUCUUAACCCAAGGAGGACCAAAUGCAUCAGUUGGACAAAUGGCAACCGAUUUUAAUCCGUUGUUUGGUCAACAAAUGCCGCAACAAGGAUUACCGGCACAGGGCAUGCAAAUGGGACAUUUUAACAACAAUAUGAACAACAGCAAUUUGAACAGUGCACAACAGCUUGCCCAACAACUCGCCCAAAGACGACAACAACAACAACAACAACAACAGCAGCAGCAACAGCAACAACAACAACAGCAGCAGCAGCAGCAUCAGCAACAACACCAAAUGCAAGAUAUUCGCCUACAAAUGAAUAAACACCCAAUGAUACAAGCACAACAAAAUCGCUCAGCAAUGCCUCCCGGUUAUUCACAACAAAGUAUGCCAACGCUGGCAAACCAAAUCAACCAACGUCCACUUAUGCAAAAUAACGAUUUAUUUCUUGGGCAACAAAUGAAUUUUCCGCCCAGUAAUCCACCCCCGCCCGUAUUAAAUCCGGUUGCAAAUUGUACAUCAUCUGGAUCGUCUUGGCAUAUACCACAAUCAGGUCGAUCGUCAAAUGGGACAGCUACUAAUAAUCAACAAAGCCAGAAUCCAUUGGCAAUGCAAUUUUGUACGAAUGGUCGUUUAAAUGAAAACUCUUUCAAAAUCUCACUAAAACCACAAAAUACGCUGAAGCAACCACAACAACCAACGCCGCCACCACCACCAUUACAAAGCCAAACGACAAUACCAGUACCAUCAACGGUGACGUCGACAGUGCCGAAAACUCCUAGCCCAAUCACGAAUGACAGCUCAAAAGAUUACAACGACACAUUGGAUAAGAUUGGUGCUGAUAACAUAAAUGAUUUAAUGGCAACAAUUGCCAAGUUGGAUUCAAACGGAGUUCAAGUACUACCCGAGGGUCAACGUGGCAAAACAACAUCACCCCAAGUCAGUUCAAGUGACUGUGUACUUCCAACUGAUGGCGAAAAAUUACUCAGCAAAGAUGAUCCAAAUGAGGAUUGGUGCGCGGUUUGUUCAGAUGGUGGCGAACUUAUGUGCUGUGACAAAUGUCCAAAAGUAUUCCAUCAACAUUGUCACAUCCCGAUUAUCAAUCCGUUCCCCGACGAAAACGAACCGUGGCAAUGCAUGUUAUGUUACAAUUUCAACGAUAUGCCAUUAGAGCCGGUUAUUGGUGAUAAACGAACGGCAGGCGUUAGUCCCGCUGAACAUAAACGAAUACAACGUAUUCUACUUGAAUUGUAUUGUCAAAAUGAUCAUAGUUCCAUGUUUCGGGAUUUAGAACCCGAAUCAAAUACAGCAUACUACGAGAUUAUCAAAAACGCAAUUACACUAGAUAUUAUUCGCAGCAAGUUGGAUCCGAUUAAUCCUGAUCGCUAUCGUGAUGUUACAUCCUUUAUUGAUGACGUGCGGCUACUUUUCAGCAAUGUUUAUUUGUUCUAUCGGGAGGAUUCGAAGAUUUACAAAAAUGCGAAAUAUUUGGAAAAAUUCUUUGAAGAACAACUGAUAAAACUACUACCUGACUAUGCUACAAAAAGAAUCACUCUAAAUGGUAGUGCACCAUCAGCGAAGCGAAUACGCAUUGAAAAUCAACAGACCGAGAUCAAUGAAAUCAUUGACGAUGACGAUGCCGUCAUUUUGGAUUAACACGAACAAUUAUCGAUUGCGAGUGAUACUCUAGCAAUCGACAAUAGACAUUUAUCUCAUAAUGCAGAUAAUCGUGAAACAAAAUCUAUUUAAUAAAAAUCACCCACUCAUUUAACGAAAAGAGAAUUCAUUCAUAAAUAAUGGACUGAAACUCAUCCAUUUGUAAAUUGAUUCACUAUUUAGACAUUACUUUACCAUUUAAGUUUGGUUCAUAUUUCAUAUUCUCUUUUCAUACAAAGUAUUAUGAUGAAGUCGUAUACAAAUUCGAUUUUCUUACUAUCACUAAUUCGUAUUAAAGUAUUUUAUAGACAUAGUGUAUUGUCGAGCAAUCUCUUGCAAUAGUAAAAAAAUUGCAUUUGAUUGUUUCAUGUCGAUUUACCCUUAAAAUGGACAAGAUU